UCAUAUUCUAUCAUCAAAACCUCAGAGAAAUCGAUCACUCAAAAUCCAGAAAAACCCUUCAUGCAGAAAGAAAUCCCAGCUUGUUCUAAAGAAAUGGCAGCUUCAGGAUCACCAUUUUCCGGCGUCUUUUGCAGUCCGAAUGAGACCGCACAUUCGUCACCGGAGCGUUUCGUUUCGAGCUCAGACUCCAACUCCUCAGCAGAUGAGACUUCCAAUAAUUUCUCCGAUUUCGCGACGAUAUCAGAUCAUCAGGUGGCGAUGAAUGAACACGAUCACACUCGUUCGUUACCUCACGGCGGCCUGAGUUUUUCCGAUCAGGCGGCGGCCGGAAUCCCAUUGAAUUUUCUUGAAUCUUUCCCGUCCUCAGUGACAAAUGCUCCGUCUUCUUCGUCUUUAUCUCAGUCAAAUUUCCCGAAUUUGGGGCUGUUUUUGCAGCAGCCUUCAAUAGUGGAAACGCCCAAAAAGCCUUCUUCUUCUCCAUCUUCAUCAUUCACAAAUUUCAACAAUCCUUCUUCUUCUUCUUCUUCGUCAUCUUCAUCAUACACAAAUUUCAACAAUUUUUUGUUCCCUGUAUCCCAGCUCCGGCCCUCGGCCGAGAGCUGGGCGAGAAUGAAUCAGACAUUGACGAGUUACUCAUCAUCGUCAAAGGGGUUCAGUGAUUUCUGGCUUAGCAACACCAGAACUCAGCCGAUGAAACACACGGGGAGAAGAACGCCGGCGGAGACGCAGGCGUCGCCGCCGGGGAAGCUGUUCCGGGGAGUGCGGCAGAGGCAUUGGGGGAAAUGGGUGGCGGAGAUUCGGCUGCCGCGGAACCGGACUAGGGUUUGGCUGGGGACGUUCGACACGGCGGAGGAGGCGGCGUUUGCGUACGACACGGCGGCGUAUAUGCUCCGGGGAGACUACGCCCACCUCAACUUCCCAGAUUUGAAGCACCGCCUCAGAGAUAACUGCCUCAACGGCAACACGGCGGCGCUCCUCGAGGCCAAAUUGCGAUCCAUAUCACAAGGGACGGCCGCCGGGGCUACCAAGAAGGCUAAUACUAAUACUAAUACUAAUAAUAAUAAUGAGAAGAUGAUUAAAGAUUCUCCGGCUAAUGUGAAACCGUUAUUGGUGAAUGAAAGUUCGAGUGUAGUGACGUGGACACAAAACGCAGUGACGCCGGCGGGGGAGAUCGCGGCGGAGAAGAAGAAGGAAGAGGCGGCGGCGGCGGAGAAUGAGGGAGGUUUUCAGCUGAGUAGAAUGCCGUCUUUAGAUAUGGAUACCAUCUGGGCUGAACUCCUAGUCUCUGAUUCAUGACUGCAACUUCUCUUUCUCCAUCA